CACUCACUGUAGGUUCAAACUCUGGCCGAGCAGGAAGAAGAAGUUGUGAUUCCGUGAAAGUUUUUUUAACAGCUCUAUACGCCUACAGAUUAAUUUUUAAAUAUUGGGUGAAUUAAAUAAUAUCUACAUUUGUCAAAGCGCAAGGAUCCGACGCAAAGAUGUCUGUUGCCGGACUGAAGAAACAGUUUUAUAAAGCGAGUCAGAUGGUGAGUGAGAAGGUGGGAGGUGCAGAGGGAACCAAACUGGAUGAGGACUUCAAAGACCUUGAAAAGAAGGCUGACAUCACCAGUAAAGCCAUAUCAGAAGUGCUCUGCAAAACUGCUGAAUACCUGCAGCCCAACCCAGCAUCGAGAGCGAGACUGACCAUGGUGAACACCAUGUCUAAGAUGCGUGGGCAGGUGAAGAGCCCAGGUUAUCCACAGGCAGAGGGCCUUCUGGGAGAGUGUAUGCUCAAAUACGGCCGAGACUUGGGAGAGGACAACAACUUUGGUGGUGCUUUAGUGGAGAUGGGAGAGGCCAUGAAGAGACUGGCAGAAGUGAAAGACUCUCUAGACAUUGACGUCAAGCAGAACUUCAUCGACCCUUUCCAAACAAUAGUCGACAAGGACCUUAAAGACAUACAGCAUCACCUGAAGAAACUGGAGGGCCGUCGACUGGAUUAUGACUACAAGAAGAAGCGUCAGGGGAAGAUUCCGGAUGAGGAGCUCAGGCUGGCGGUGGAGAAGUUCGAAGAGUCCAAAGAUGUAGCUGUAACCAGCAUGCAGAACCUUCUGGAUACUGACGUGGAGCAGGUGAGUCAGCUCGCAGCUCUGGUCGAAUCUCAGCUGCAGUUUCACAAACAGUCUAUGGAGGUCCUGGAGGAGCUGGCAGAGAGGAUGAGAGAAAGAGUAAACAAGGCCCAGUCUCAGCCGCGCCAGAAACGGAUGCCUGUGUCCAGACCCAGUUUUGAUUAUUCAGAGUCAGAAGACUCUAACGGAGGCUGGAAUCCGUCAGCUGCGUCGCCCUCGUAUCCAUCCGCAGCGGCCCCCUCCUUUAACAGGACAUCUUCACGGCAAAAACGUAAUUCGACAGAUCAGCCGUGCUGCAAGGCUUUGUACGACUUUGAUCCUGAGAACCACGGAGAGCUUGGCUUCAACGAGGGCGACGUCAUCACGCUGACCAAUCAGAUCGACGAGAACUGGUACGAGGGAAGCCUGCGCGGACAGGCGGGACUGUUCCCCUGUAACUACGUGGAGGUGAUGGUGCCCCUGCGGCACUGAUCACACACACACACACACACACACACACACACACAGAAAACAGCACGAGAAAGUGCAAUGUCAGGUACAGACAGACAGGGAAAAAGGGGAAUAUUUGUGACUUGUAUUUCACUGUGAGCACUUUGACCUCCUGAAAGAGAUACAGUAUGUGUCUGGGUAUUUUUUUACUUAGGGUUGAGGUCCAGCUUUGUAUAACACUUCAAUUCCCUAAAGUACAAUAAACAUCAUUGAGAAGUAUGUUAAAGAUAAA